AUGGGCGAACAAGAUACGAGCGAAGAAAGGAAGAUUUUCGCAUCUUGCGCCAAUCGUAAGCCGCUGUCAAAUGGCGGGGGGAAGCUUGCAAACCCCACUGUGUCUGGGGGCCGAAAGCACAAGUGGGAUGAGGUCCUGAAGCAAUGGUCUGGAAAGACAGCCGGCGACGUGCUCUUUGGCGCCAAACGGAACACCGGGACGACGUCAAGCCAAACGGUGACGACCGCUCGUAUCGCAAAGGUUGCCAAUUCAGGCGCACGCUCCAACGCCUUUCUCGUCAUUAACUGA